AUGCCUCCACCUCCUCCUUCAACAUCUUCAUCAUCAACACCAAGAGGAAAGGCAAUGCGAUCUGCUUUUCUACCACCCGAAACCCCAUUAUCAACCAAAAUUAGAAAACCAAUCAGGGCCACUCCUUCUUCUUCAACUUCCUCAUCGACCAAUGGCACUAAGCUACAAGAACAAGAACAGCUACAAGACCAAUGUAUUAAAGUGUACAUUAGAAUUCGUCCGAACGAUGAUCAUGACCAAUUACAAAUUGAAUUUCUCAACAAUUCUUCAAUUCAAGUCACGUGUAAAAAUCAAGAAAAGGCAGAUACACCAAAAGUAUUCCUAUUUGAUCAGGUUUUGGAUGAAAAUGUUUCUCAGCAACAAGUUUUUGAUUUGAUUGGUGUUCCAGUUGUUGAAGAACUUCUUCAGGGGUUCAAUGCUUCCAUUUUAGGUUAUGGACAUACAGGAUCUGGUAAAACAUUUACAAUGGGAACUAAUCUUCAUGAGAUUGCAGAUUCCUUUGAGAGUGGCAAUUUGCCUGCUGCUUGUGGUUUAUUGCCACGAAUUGUUGAAAGGUUGCUAAACAGGAAGAAAGUGGACGAACAAUUAAGCUGCUCCUUAUUUGAAAUUUAUAAUGGAGGAGUUUAUGAUUUAUUUGGAGAGGCCAGCAAAAAGUGUAAGGUCAAGUAUUCAAACGGUGUGGAUGUUGUGACCAAUGCUAAAAAGAAGCUUAUUCAUUCACUGUCUGAUCUUUCUUCCAUUUCGUCUGGUUUAAAAAGGAGACAUCAAAGUGCAACUGGACAAAAUCUAUCCUCAUCAAGAUCACACUGCAUCUUUAGAUUGUUUAUCACAACUGCAGACAAUACUGAAAGAUGCCUAAACAUGGUUGACUUGGCUGGAUCUGAACGUCAAAAAACUGCCAACAUUCACGCUGAUAAAAUGUUACUAGAUGAAGCAAAUUACAUUAAUACUUCAUUGACAGUUUUGAAAAGAUGCAUUGAAGCAGUCUAUAAUAAUCAAUCCAAUACUGAUAAGAAGACACUAGUUCCAUACAGGGAAGAUAAUCUUGCCUUAUUGUUGCAUUCAACUUUGGAAGGAAAUUCAAAAACUUUCUUUAUUGGAAAUAUUGGAACUGCAAGUGAAUCGAUAUCAACUUUGAAUUAUGCACAAACGGCAAGAAAGAUUAAAAAGAUGACUAGCAAGUUGAGUUCAAUGUUGAAGAAGAAAUCAGGAGGAUUGUUUGAAGAGGAAAUUGAAAAGUUAAAGAAAGAGUUGGAAGAAACUAAGGGUAAAUUGGAUGAGGAAAGAGAUAGCAAGACCAAACAUAUUGAAGAACUCUCACAGAAAAUUGCAUUAUUAGAAACUAAACAACAGGAAGCUAAUGAAAUUCUCAAACAAUCGAAUACCAUUAUAGAAGAGAUGCAAAUCAGAGACGAUUCUCUGAAAGAAAUUUGCUCAGAAAAAGAAGAAAUUAUUUCAAAUCUCUUUGAAGAAUUGUCAAAAGCCAGAAAAGAAAGCGAGCUCUUGGAGAAGGACAAUUCAACAUUGAAGAGUGAAAAUUCAAUUCUUUUGGAAGCAAUUGAAAAUCAAUGUGAAAUCAUUAGACAACGAGAUAAGGAACAUGAUUCAGCUUUCCAAAAUUUGAAAGAGCAACUAGACGAAUAUCAAAAACAGUCAUCCUCAAAGACUCUUACAAUUCAAACUCUGCGAGAUGAAUUGAAAAAAAAGGACAAAAUCAUACAGAGAAAAUCUUCAACUACUGCAGAACAACUUUAUCAGACCAUUGAAAAUUUACUUAAAACAAUUGAAGAUCAAAAGAAGACAAUUCACAUGUUUUUGAAUGGAACGAUGGAAGUUGUGGAUAUUGAUAAGGAAGAAGCUCAUGAUGGUAAUUCAUGUGAUAGUGAUGAUGAUGAUGAGAAGGUGAUGUCUGAUUCUCCAGUUGUGAAAUCAAACAAACGAAAGGUAAUUUCUCCACUCCAAAAUAUUGUCUAUGAAUCAACAGAUGAAAAUAAUGAACCAGAAUGUAAAUAUUCAAAAUCUGAUUUAUUAGAAUAUUUAAAAUAAAAAAUGGGAAAUAGUCAACCAAGUAG